AUGCCAUUCACUACUGCGAUCCGCUCAACCUUCCAGGGCCCUUCCAAGGCUUUUGGCUUCUGGCUCACUCUUCCUAGUGCGGGCGUUGCCAAGACUAUUAUUCACGGCGCCUCCGGGUCUUCAACGCGGUUUAGCUGGGUUUUAGUUGACGCAGAGCACGGAUUGAUCUCCGAUCACCACUAUUAUGAGCUUAAUAAUGCCAUUGGUUCCGAGGGUGCGAGCCCUAUCAUCCGAGUGCCCUGGGCGGAGGAGUGGAUGAUCAAGCGUGCCCUUGAUUCCGGUGCUCACGGAAUCAUGACACCUAUGUGUCAUUCAGAAGUUGAUGCUGCCAAUGUUGUCAAAUAUGCACGCUACCCUCCUCAAGGAACCCGUGGCUAUGGCCCGAUGUUCGCUCCCCACUCCCUUCCCGGCGUAAACCCCGGACCCGAUUACGAUGAUCAGGCGAAUGCAAGCAUUACAGUAUGCGUGCAAAUCGAGUCACGACCCGGUGUCGAGAACGUGGAGAAGAUUGCUGCCGUUGAUGGAAUCGACGUGCUCUUCAUCGGGCCUUUUGAUCUUUCCAAGCAGAUGGGUGUGACCCGCGGUGGUGAAGAGCACGAGGCAGCCAUUCAGCGUAUUUUGGCAGCUGCUCACAAUGCCGGCAAGAAGGCCGCUAUCUUCUGCACUGACGGCAACGAUGCUCGCAAGCGCGCCGAGCAAGGCUUCGAUAUGAUUUCGGUUAACACCGAUGUUGGUGUCAUUCGAACCGGAAUGCUGAAUGAGCUGAAGACUGCCAACGGUGAGCUCGUUCAGGGUGGUCCGCGUGAGGGUUAUUAA